AUGACUAGCUGGGCAGUCAACGCAACGGUUACUUUCCAGCACGGCAGAUUGGAAAGAAAAGACGCGAAACGCCGCCGCACAGUUCGUCACGCUGGGGGUUGGGUUGGGCGGGACGAUGAUUCCAUGCCACCUCAGAUCCCAGGGAUCAACACAAGCGUCAACUUUGAGCGCCGUGUAUAUCUCCAUUUCUCUCAUGGCUUCAAUUUAUGGAGACAAGAUCGACUGAGUCACCCAGAAAUAACUAUCAUGCGACUCAUCAACGAUUUUACCGAUCGAGAGGACUGGCAAAUUGAGGUUGAUGAUUUUUCUGCUUGCCGGGAGUGGAGGGAGGAAGCGUUUACAAAGCACUUUCCAGAGAGCAGUAAUCUUUGGGAAUGGUGUGUUUUUGAGCUUCGGAAGAAGGCUUCCGAGUACAAAAGUCGCCGCUCCGUGUUCGUCCUGGAUUCUGCAUCUCGCAUCUGCAAGUCUGAUCGCUUGGUGAGGGGUGAUUUCUUGGAGAAGCUCAAACUUGACACGCUGUUGCUCGAGCUUUCACCUUGGAUGCUGCCAUUUGUCUUCGAACUUUCACCUAUACGAAUUGAUGGUCGGCCCAUCACGCUGGACAACUUCUUAGAUUCCAUGACGAUUGGAGACCUUUGUCCUCGCUCAAACUGGGGGUCUGAUCGUUUAAAUAAUGGCGAUCCUGAGUACUACUCGGGGAAGUCGCAAUGGCUGGCAACAGAUGUCAAAUUUUCAGAGAAAAACGGCAGUCAUACAGCAUCUUAG